AUGUACCCCCUCGUUCCGCUCGCCGACGACCCGCUCCCUCCGCCCUCGCCCUCGUACACGCACUCGUCGGCCUCGUCCACCUCGCGCUCGCACCGCCGCCCGGCCGACCUCCACUCGCUGUCGUCGCGCGAGUCGGACUGGUCGUCGUCGUCGGACGCCGAGCACAUCUCCGAGGAGGACGAGGGCGACGACGACGCGUUCGACCUCGUCAGCAGCGCCGAGCUGCCGCCGCCCGUAGCGUCCGCGCCUGCCGCACCUCCCGCCGCCGACGUGGCCUCGAUCCGCUCCCUCGGCACCGCGACCAGCUCGAACGACAGCGCGAGCGAGUCGGCCGACGACUCGGACUCGCCCUCGCACAUGAAGCUCAGCUUCCCCGACCCGCUCAACGCGUCGUCGUCGUCGGCCGCGAGCGACGGCGGGCAGGCCCACUCGGAGCGCGACCGCGGCGGCGAGCAGCCCGGGCGUACCGCCAACCUCGACGAGUCGAUCCUUCUCGACGGCGAGGGCGCCUACUCGCUCCUGCUCGACGCCCGCACGGCACCCGCGUCGUCGUCGGCGGCCGACGAGGCCGCCGAGCCCGACUCGGGGUCCGGCCUCACGAGCCCGCUCCUCCGCGCCCAGGACGAGCCGCCGAUCGGCGUCGACAGCGGCGACGAGGACGAGCAGCGCGUGCGCGCCGUCGAGGGCGGCGUCGGAGAGUGGGUCCGCCGCACACGCCUGAGCGCCAAGAAGCGCGAGCAGGGCAUGCGCGAGCGCGGCGUGCAGACGGUGCGCAGCGUCGAGGGCGACGGCGACGACGUCAAGCUCGAGCUCGAGAGCUCGGUCCUCAGCUCGAUGGCCGGCAGCUCGCUCGUGUCGAGCCAGGCCACCGUCGUGCCUGCCGCGGCCCAGGUCGCCGUCGCCGCGCCCGAGCUCGUUGAGCCGCCCGAGCAGCGCCCCCUCGCCAGCGAGCCUCUCUCUCCCGUCGUCGAGGACGCGACCGCCGCCGUUCAGCGCCAAGUACGCCGCGACGCCUCGCACGCCCUCUUCCAGCGCCGUCGCACCCUCCUCGCCGUCGCGCUCGCCACUACGCUCGCCCUCUCGGCGUCGAUCUGGCUCGGCCCGUCGUCCGCCGGUCCCGGCGUCGUCGUCGGCACAAGGGCCUGCGAGCGGGACGGCCCUCGAGCGGGCGCUCAGGCCGUGCGCCCCGACGUUGGCCAAAGCCACCCGUCUACCGCCGACGCCCCUACGGCGGCUGCCUGGCUCGAGACGGUCCUGGGCGACGUCGUGUCGCCGUCGCCGUCUGCUGGUGCCGCCGCUGUCGAGCCGGCUGCGGCGUCGCCGUCGUCGCCUCCGUCGCCUCGGCGCAAGCUGUUCCCAGUCGCCGAGCCGGUCAGCCCGUCCUCGCCGGCCAAGCCCGAGCCGUCGACGGCCGCAGCGCCGGUCCACGUCCACUCGAGCACCCGGCCCUGCGCGGCUUGCGCCCUCGCGACCCUCUCUGCCGCCCCUCGUCGCGCCGUCGUCCCCUUUGCGCCGGCCGUUCGCGCCCCGACCGCGACGGCCGUCGCCCACGGCAAGCGCUGCGGCCACCCUCGCCCGAGGCGCGCGCGCGUCGAGCUCGGUACCGGGCCCGGCGUCGAGCAGCAGGGCGGCGCCGAGGAGGAGACGGAGCGCGUCUCGCUGUUCCGCGAGCCGGCCGCCGUCGCGGACUCGCCCGUCGACGCGCCCGAGGCGCAGCAGCUCCCGCCGCAAGCUCGUCGCCUCCAGGACCGCGUGCACGACCUCGUCGUCGAGCGCCUCGCCCGUGCGCAGCGCGUCGUCCCGCCCGCCUCGCACGCCCAUGGCGUCGCAGACCGCGCCGGCCGCCUCGCACGUUCGACGGGCGCGCUCGUGACGCAGUCGACGCACGCCGGCUUCGCGGCCGUCGUCGAGCGCGCUCGUCGCCUGAGCCGCAGGGCGCACGUGCGCAAGUCGGUGCGAGCGCUCGGCUCAAGCUCUGGCGCGCGCACUCGGCGCGAGGUCGAGCGCCUCGUCCGCUCGGUGCGCCGCGCUCCCGAGUUGACGCACGACGUGGUCGGCCACAUCAAGGCGCAGUCGAGGCGCGCCGGGCGCGUGACCGAGGCGGGCAGGCGGGCCAUGGUCGAGGCCGCGCUCACGGCCCAGCUCCCGCACCGAGCCCGUCGAGCUCUGCGUCGUCUCGAGGCGUCGACUCCUUCGCGGCGCCAGCUCAAAGAGGCUGCCUCGUCUCGCCUCCCCCGGCUCGACCUCCGGGCCGACCUCGACCUCGUCGUCGCCCGCAUCCGCUCGUACGCCUCAUCUCGCCUUGCCCGAGCCUCGGUCGGUCGCGCCGCCGUCGACGUCGUCUCGAAGCGCUGCACGGGCGCCGUGCAGGAAGGGGCCGAGGAGAGCCGGCGCCACAGCACGCUGCUCGCCAGGCUGCGGCUCGACUUUGCCGGCCUCGCGGCGCACCUGCACCGCAUCCAGCGCCACCCGACCGGCCUGUGCGAGUGCGGCGAGGAGGAGACUCGGGCUCACUUCCUCCUCGCCUGCCCCCUCUACGCCGCGCCUCGUGCUGCGCUCGUGCGUGCGACCGGCAAGGACGCCAUGCCACCCCUCGCCACCCUCCUCACCGACCUCGCCCUCGCCCGCCCCGUCCUCAAGUUCGUCAACGACACCGGGCGGUUCCCUCGGCUGCACGAGGCGGUCAAGGACUCGGCGGGCACGGUCAAGCAGGGCGUCUAG